AUGAAGCGAGCAAAGAAGAGAGGGGGGUCGAAAUGGAUGGCUCGGCAAACGGGUCUGCCAACUAUUUUCUUCCCUCUCCCUUGGUUCUAUUGCCUUGGUCGUUUUGCCAUUUGA